GCGCCUCACACACUUUAUUGUCCUUUAUUUCCUAGGUGUGUGUGUGUGUGUGUGCGUGUGUGCAGAGAGGAGCUCCGCUGACUGGAAGUACUUCACCCUGCAGGACCGGCUGCAGCUUCAGGAAAAACUAAAAUGACAAGACGACCAAAGUGUGUCCUUUGUAUUCUGCUGGUUCCGCUCAUUGUGCUCCUCACUCUGGUCCUGCAGGAGUACGGCAGCUCGGUGCGGGAUAUUAAAGAGGAUCUGCGUCAGGCUUUAUCUGAUGGCGCAGAGCAGUCGGGUCAGAACCAGAAGAAGGAGGCAGCUGGAGCCGGGCCCUGCUCCCUGAAGAGAUCCUGUCCCCAGGGUCAGUUCAGCUUCCUGCUGCAGAGCGGCGCCGCCAAUAUCGUGGCUCCCAAGAUCUGCUUCCAGAACAAACUGGUCCUGGGGUCUAUCAUGAAUAACGCUGGAGCCGGAAUAAACGUCGCCAUCAUUGACGGUCAGACUGGAAGAACCGUGCAGACGUCCUUCUUCAACAUGUACAGCGGGGAUGUGAAUCCUCUGGUGGAGCUGCUGCAGGGCGUCCAGACGGGCUCCGUGGUUCUGAUGGCGUCCUACGACGAGCCCGCCACAAAGCUGAGUGAGGACGCGCGCCGGCUGAUCUCGGAGCUCGGCAGUGUCUCCGUGAAGUCUCUGGGCUUCAGGGACAGCUGGGUGUUUGUGGGGGGGAAAGGAGCCUCCAAGGACAGCGCCGUCGAGAAGCACAUGAAGAACAAUAAAGAGACCAAUAAAUACGAUCAGUGGCCCGAGCUGGUGGAGGUGCAGGGCUGCAUUGCCAAAUACCUGGGCUGAAGGAGGAGCGGGAGGAGCGGGAGGAGCGGGAGCAGGAGGACACUUUGUAUAAAUACAGCCUUGGCUCACACUCGUAUUUGGGAAGUUUGUGUUUAUUCUUUCCUGUUGUAUUCAACACACACACACUGAUCACACACACACACACACACACACACACACACACACACACACUGAUCACACACACACACACACACACAGAUCACACACACCUGUGGGUGCAGGUUUGAUGGGUUCUUCUCAUUAUUGUAUUUUAUGAAAAUGUUAUUUUAAUAAAGGUCAAAUGUCCUGA